AUGUCUAAGCGAAAUUCCACCAGACUUGCCAAUGGCCCUGCAGCUUCCACGGAGGCUGUCCCCAGCUAUCUCCUCACUGGAAAGGUUGCCAUCGUGACCGGCUCAGGACGAGGAAUGGGUCGUGAGACUGCCCUUGAACUCGCCCGUCGUGGUGCUGAUGUUGUCGUCAACUAUGCCAACUCCUCCAAAGCCGCCGAUGAGCUUGUCGCCGAGAUCAAGGGUCUCGGCCGGGACUCCAUUGCCGUCCAGGGCAACGUGAGCGACGUCGAUCAGAUCAUCAACCUCUUCGCCGAAGCCAAGAAGCACUUCGGAAAGAUCGACAUUGUCGUCUCAAACUCCGGUGUUGUCUCCUUCGGCCACUUGAAGGAUGUCGAACCAGAGGAGUUUGACCGCGUCUUCAACAUCAACACCCGAGGACAAUUCUUUGUCGCAAGAGAAGCAUAUAAGAACCUCGAGGUUGGUGGUCGCAUCAUCCUGAUGGGUUCCAUCACUGGCCAGGCCAAGGGUGUUCCCAAGCACACAGUCUACUCCGGCAGCAAGGGUGCCAUCGAGACCUUUGUCCGCUGCAUGGCCAUCGACUGCGGAGACAAGAAGAUCACAGUCAACGCCGUUGCCCCUGGCGGUAUCAAGACCGAUAUGUACCACGCCGUGUGCAAAGAGUACAUCCCUAACGGCGCCAACUUGAACGACGAGCAGGUCGAUGAGUAUGCCGCUACCUGGUCCCCCAUGAACCGUGUCGGUAUGCCCAUUGAUGUCGCCCGUGUCACCGCCUUCUUGGCCUCCCAAGAUGGUGAGUGGGUCAACGGCAAGGUCAUCGGCAUUGAUGGCGCUGCUUGCAUGUAA